ACAGCUUUACACGGUUCCCAGGGUGCUGACUGCAUGUUAACCUCAGGGGAAACUGUCCAGAUAAUGGAGCAAAGUGACCUCGCCUCGAAUGACACCGCCGUGGACACUCUGUUUGGAGACAUGGAGGAGAAGGAGGUGAGGCUCCGUGAGGGUGCCAGCUCCGACGGGUACCUGGCACACAUCUUCAGGCACAUGGCCAAGGAGCUGUUCAACGAGGACGUGGGGGCGCUCACUUACCACACCCUGAGGAACAAAGACUUCCAGGGGGUCACCCUUGAAAGGGACGGAGAAGUUCUGCUACACUUUGAGGCUGCUUAUGGCUUUCGGAACAUCCAGAAGUGGUCCUGAAGCUGUAGAGGGGCAAGUUUCCCUGCCACUUCAUGGAGGUUCUGGCCUGCGCCAGGCAUGCCUAAGUGGCAGGGGCCAGGCCCAGGCGGACGACGGGUGUGCAGACAGGGCACUGCUGUGGCCGAUGGAAGGCAUCUAUGCUGCCAUCCCGGUGUGGCUCCUGGAGACCAGUGCCA